GCAAGUAGCUCAUUUCAUACACUGUAUAGGAAGUGAAAUGAUCGCUUUAGAACUGCUGCUCACUGCUGAAUGCCCUUAACAGAGGAACUUCAAGAUCGGUGUCCAGUCCAAGUUGAAGGUUAGGAUAAACUGGAAGAACAUCAGGUGCUCGGGACAUGUGUGGUGGCACAGCGAAAACCACAAACCAGCCAGGGGCCUGGCAAGAUUCGGCCAGCUGUGUGAGUGAUGCCAGCUCCGGUGCUCGGAGGAUUUACAAGACGCUUUUGUGCACAAAGAUUCAGAAAUGUGCCUGGGUAGGCAGAGGCACUGGUCACACGGAACUGGACAACAGCUGGUCAUGCUCGGAGCUCGACCUGAGUGAGAUCCGCCUGAUAGUUUACCAGGACUGCGAGAGGAGGGGCAGACAAGUCUUGUUUGAUUCCAAAGCCGUUCAGAAGAUCGAAGCCGUGGCAGCUCAGAAAGCAGGGGACGGUCCCGGCAGAAUGUCAGCCAGGAGCUGCCAAGCAAGCAGCAGCGUCUCUUCUUGUAGCUCUUCUGGAGGUUCUUCACACCUGGAGAAGGAGAAGGAGCACCUUCCAAAGUACCAGUACACGAGGCCGGCUUCUGAUGUCAGCAUGCUUGGGGAAAUGAUGUUCGGCUCGGUUGCCAUGAGCUACAAAGGCUCCACCCUUAAGAUCCACCACAUCCGGUCUCCUCCACAGCUGAUGAUCAGCAAAGUCUUCUCUGCUAGAAUGGGUAGCUUCUGUGGAAGCACAAAUAACUUGCAAGACAGCUUUGAGUACAUCAACCAAGAUCCUCAUGGGGGAAAACUGAACACAAACCAGAAUAGUUUGGGUGCUUGUCGCACUGGAAGUAACCUAGGUCUGCUGCAGGCCUGUAGCAGCAAACUGCUGCAGGGGGUGGCUGAAGGAGGACCUCUCCGGCUCACCCGCAGCGCUUCUUUCUUUGCAGCACACAGCACCCCAGUGGACAUGCCAAGCCGAGGACAGAAUGAAGACAGGGACAGUGGCAUCGCUCGAUCAGCCUCACUGAGCAGCCUUCUGAUCACACCCGUGCCAUCGCCGGGCUCCUCCACGUCCUCUUCCAGCAGUUACCAGCGCCGCUGGUUGCGGAGUCAGAUGACGAGUCUGGAAAAUGGCGUCAUCCCCAGGCGGUCAACGGAUGAGACGUUCAGCUUGGCAGAGGAGACCUGCAGUUCUAAUCCGGCCAUGGUUAGGAGGAAGAAGAUCGCCAUAAGCAUCAUCUUUACCCUCUGUGAGAAAGAAGAAGCCCAGCGGGAUUUCCAGGACUUCUUUUUUUCUCAUUUUCCUCUGUUUGAAUCUCACAUGAACAGGCUGAAGAGUGCGAUUGAAAAGGCCAUGAUCUCCUGUAGGAAGAUAGCAGAAUCCAGUCUCCGCGUCCAGGCCUAUGUCAGCCGCCUGAUGGAAGCCCUGGGAGAAUUCAGGGGGACCAUCUGGAAUUUAUAUUCAGUUCCAAGGGUAGCUGACCCAGUGUGGCUCACCAUGAUGGCCAGCACUUCGGAAAGAUCGCAGCUCUGCCACCGCUUUCUCAAGGAGUUUACUCUUCUGAUAGAACACAUCAACAAAAACCAGUUUCUUGCUGCUUUGCUGACUGCAGUGCUGACCUACCACCUGGCCUGGGUGCCGACUGUCAUGCCCGUCGACCACCCCCCCGUCAGAGCCUUCUCCGAGAAGCGCACCUCACAGUCAGUGAACACGCUGGCCAAGACACAUCCCUACAACCCUCUCUGGGCACAGCUGGGUGACCUGUAUGGAGCCCUAGGCUCCCCGGUGAGACUGACACGCACUGUGGUGGUGGGGAAGCAGAAGGACUUGGUCCAGCGCAUUCUGUACGUCCUGACCUACUUCCUGCGCUGCUCCGAGCUGCAGGACAACCAGCUGACCUGGGAUGGGCAUCCCGCGGAAGGUGACCGGGUGGUCAGUGGCAGCAAGAUCGUGACGGCCUUGGAGAAAGGAGAGGUGGAGGAGUCCGAGUACGUGGUGGUGACAGUGAGAAAUGAGCCUGCCCUCGUGCCCCCUGUCCUACCGCCUGUGCCGGCAGAGAGAAGGGGUCCUGGUACCACAGGAUCAGCUGGGGCCCCGCAUGGAGGUGUCAGACCCAUCUGCGAAGGAAGCCGGAGGCAGCUGCAGAGCUCUACAGCUGGCAGCAGGGGGCUCCCAGGGCCAGCGCUAGACGGAGCGUACUGUGGGGCUGGAGACGGUGAGAAAGCAGCACCCCCAGCCGGCUCCUCAGCACCUGCCUGCUGUGAGGGUCCAGGGGCAUGGGUGGAAACUGGCCCCCAGACUGUCCAGGAGAUGGAUGAGGAGGUGCCGCGGAAACUGCCAGCGUGGUCCUCAGCCUGGCCGUGCCCCGACAGACGGUCCCAGGAGGAGCCUCCAGCAGAAAAAGUCACUUUCCACAUCGGAAGCUCUGCGUCUCCAGAGUCUGACUCUGAAAGCCAUACCAGAAAAAUGGAUGAGAGGCUGAAGGGCUGCAGAUGGCACCCGGACGCCAGGGCAGCCACCAGUGUGGCUUGGGACAGGCAGGCCUCUGGCUGUUCCUGUAGGGCUGCCUUGCACAGGGGCGUGGGCUGUCCACAGACCCAGCCCCCUGACCCGGGGGAUGGUGAGCCCUGCAGGGGCGGUGCUGAGGACAGUGGCAUUGGGACAGACACUGCAAUGACAGGAGCUGCUGCCGGGCAGCUCCACCAUGCUGGUAGCCUGCGAACGCCUCCCAGCCGUGCCUCAGGCACUGGGAGAACACCUGAGAAAACCAGAGCUUUGCACUUGAAAACCGCAGAAGGACCUCCGCAGGUGGCUGCCCUGGACCAGUGUGUGCUGCAGGGCUCCGGCCUCCCAGCGGCUGCCGAUGCCCCCUCUAGGGGUGCCAGUGGGAAGGCCGGCUUCAGGGUUGAAGGAGACAUUCCCAGGAACGAGAGCUCCGACAGUGCUCUUGGAGACAGUGACGAUGAAGCGUGUGCUGCAGCCGCUCUGGGCCUGGGUCACAGUGGUGACAGGACUUCAGGGCCCUUCGAAGUGGAGCUGCCUCUGCCAAGGUCUCAGAGCAUCAGCAGCCCGAAUGUAAGGAACUUCGGCCGCUCGCUCCUGGCAGGCUACUGCCCUACCUACAUGCCUGAUCUGGUGCUUCACGGGACCAGCACGGACGAGAAGCUGCGACAGUGCCUACUGGCUGACCUGGCCCACACCGUGCAUCACCCAGUGCUCGAUGAGCCGAUAGCGGAAGCCGUGUGUAUUAUCGCAGACACGGACAAGUGGAGUGUCCAGGUGGCCACGAGUCAGCGGAAAGUGACGGAUAGCACGAAGCUGGGCCAGGACGUGCUAGUGUCCAGUCAGGUGUCCAGCUUACUUCAGUCCAUUCUGCAGCUUUACAAGCUUCACCUCCCUGCUGACUUUUGCAUCAUGCACCUGGAAGACAGACUGCAGGAGCUGUACCUUAAAAGUAAGAUGCUGUCCGAGUAUCUGCGGGGACACACGCGCGUCCACGUGAAGGAGCUGGGUGUGGUGCUGGGGAUUGAAUCUAAUGACCUCCCUCUGUUGACUGCUGUUGCCAGCACGCACUCUCCUCACGUGGCUCAAAUACUCCUCUGAGCUGAAGCUCAGGACCAUUCUUCCUUGGAAGAAGACAAACAGAUUCUCAGCUGAGAGGGAAAGGGAUACGCUCUCUGGCUGCCUGGCUUGAGAAGAGCAAGGGGAAACCGUCGUUCCGCCCUGUGUCCUGAGAUACUGCUUGCAGGCGGAUGCUUUUUGGGAGACUUGGUUCACCUGACACUGGUGCCUGUGGCUUCAGGAAUCCUUUCUGCCUUUUGUUCCCUGAGACUCAGCAGAGCAGGUCUGCCGCGUGGAGAACACAGCACUGCAGCGGGCGAGGGCAGGGUGAAGGGCAGGGCUCACUGCGAUAUUCCAGCAGCAGGCGCCUCCAGGCUGCACACGGGAGCCGGCGGAGCAGAGAGCACAGUCUGUGGAGGCCAGGCAGAAAGGCCACACCAGGCCGCUGGGAAGAGAGGUGCUGGGGCCUCUGUCCCGUUUCUUCUCAGUUUACCUUGAUGCAGGUGUGGCCUCGGAGUCAGAGAUGGUCGCUGGUGCACCGAGCCAAGAGCCCAUGCAGUGGCCAGACAACUGCACCGUCUGCGGAGAGGCACUAGCAGGGUCCUGAGCUGGGCAGUGCCCGCUGCCCUUCCUGUAGUAGCGCUGUGGACACGGCCGGCUGGGUGGGAAGCCCGUCUGCAGCAGUUCCUUUGCAUAUUCCAGAGCAGUGCAUGUCCGGUCGGAAUAUUUACAUUAUCACCUCCGCACCUUCCGGUUCCUAUGUUCCUUUCAGAAUGUCUUUCUAGAAAUUCACUUGACCCUCAUGUAAAGCUUACCAAAGUGAAGAGUUAGUAUUCUAGUUCACUUUUUUAAAAACCCUUCAUUUUCUGUUCCUAUAAAGGCGACUUAGUUUGCUGACCAUGAAACAGGCUGAAGCAGGCGUCGCCUCUAGAGCAGAGGGGCAGGCUGCAACACUGACCACGGACAGGCGGGAGCUGCUCUGGCACAGCCAGCCACUGUGGCGCUUUGUGUGUCCUUCGGCCUGAGGACAGGAGGCUCAUGAACCAUCGAGGGACUUAAGUUUGUCUCUGUUCCUUCACAAGUACAAAGUAGCUGUGUGAAUCUGCCGGCUGCCCGCACCCCCAGGACCUCCCCUCGACUCUGUGAAGCGGUCAGUGGGUGUCUCCUCAAGGCUUGUAGGAUUUUAAACUUUUAACUGUUGUCUUUCAUACGAUUGAAGUUUUCUGUCCUUUUUCAUCUCUGUUGUUACGCUUGACGAAGAGACCGCACCCUCCCUGGGGUCCCACCGGCACUUGCUGUCCCUUCUGCAUCAGGUCACAGCCUUACCCUCAGGUCCGCACGGCCUAGAGCGUCCCGGUCUCCAGCCCGUCUCGUUGUUUACGUCUGUGGGCACUUUGCCUCCUCCUGAGAAGAGGCCAGGAGACAGAGCCAGCUCUGUUCUGAGGUGCACCCAGGAGUGUGUGAAAUUAGCCCAUCCAGGGACAGCUGAGCUGUAAAGGCUGUCUCAACUCCACGCACAAAACGUUUAGCCCAGCCUUGCAAACGAGAAAACCGGCCUGUGGGCACGCGCUGCUGCAGACCACUGUGGGAGCUGUUUGCUCACGUGUGGGGUUUGCCUUGGUGGCAGGAUGCCAGUCGGAGCCUGAUCCUUGUGUCUGUCACCUGCUGAACACACUGGGAAUGUUGCUGCCCCUGUAGCCCUGCUCUAGACACCUGCCGUCCAUUCUGUUUUAAACUCAACCUCUUCUCCAGAGUGAGGGACCUUGGGGGCUUGUGUCGAGAUGCGCCCGCUACUCCUCCAUACACCGGGGCUCUGGGCCAGAGGGGACCGCCCUCCCCGUGCCCACCGUGGGAUGAAA